UUUACAUAGCUUCAUCAAUUCAUCUUUUGCUCUCACCGGCUUCUCUCCUCUACUUUAUCCUGCAGGAAUCUGCACUCAUAUCAAGGAGCUUGGCAAUGGAGUAUUCAGGACCAAUUCUAGAUAUUUUUAACAUAAUAUGGGAUCCUUUGAGCAAAUGCUGCAAGUACCAUUGUAACCUCAGUCAAUACAUGGAGAAUCUAAAAGAAAAACUAGAAGAGAUAAACUGCCGGAAGGAAGAUGUGGAAAGCCGAUUGAGAGCAGAGCUUCUGCUUGGAAAGGAGACAAAGAAAGAAGUUGAACGUUGGUUGAAGAAAGUGGAGAAGAUUAAUGGUGUAGCACAAGCCCUGGAACAAGAAGUUUUGAAAGGAAAAUAUCUCUCACGUGUGUCGCUGGGGAGACGAGUAUGGAAAAUGAUACAAGAAGUGGACCAACAUUACCAGAAAGGCAGCUUCAAUGAUAGUUUGGUAGUCGACAAGCCUUUGCAAAAUCGAGAUGAAAUUCCUCCAACACCACUGGCAGGUGGAGCUACAACAGAAACACUGUUAGAAGAAAUUUCAGAAUACUUGCUGAAUGAUGAUGUUAGAAAGAUUGGAGUUUAUGGCAUGGGAGGAAUCGGAAAAACAACCAUCAUGAAGCACAUUCACAACAAAUUCUUGAACACUUUCGAAGCUGUGAUUUGGAUCACUGUAUCUAAAUCACCCAAUUUAUCUGGAUUGCAAAACGACAUUGCAAGAAAAUUAAAUGAAGAUUUUUCAAUAUAUGAGGAUGAAACAGAGAAGGCGACCAAGUUAUUUUCAUUGUUGAAUCAGAAAAAGAGGUGGUUUCUAAUCCUUGAUGAUAUUUGGGAACCAUUUUCUCUUGAGGAAAUAGGUAUCCCUGAACCUACUUCAGCAAAUGGAUGCAAAUUGGCUUUGACUACUCGAUCACUGGAUGUUUGCAGAAGAAUGGGGUGUAAAGAAGUUAAAAUGAAACUUCUUCCGAAGAUGGAGGCAUGGAACUUAUUCUUGGACAAAGUAGGACGUGAAAUUUUACUUUAUCCAGAUUUGAACGCAAUUGCAAUGCAGGUUGCAGAUGAAUGUGCCUGCUUACCCCUGGCAAUUGUCACAAUAGCUGUGAGUAUGAAGGGUGUAGUUGAUAUUUAUGAAUGGAGUUGUGCACUGGAAGAACUAAGAGAAUCCAUCAAAGGCCUAAAUGAAAUGGAUAAAGUGCUUGAGCGGUUGAAAUUUAGUUUUACUCGCUUGAAAGAUGAGAAACUGCAGUGUUGUCUCCAAUAUUGUGCAUUAUACCCUGAAGACUUUGCAAUUGAGAGAACAGAGUUGAUAAGACAUUUGAUCGCUGAAGGAAUUAUAGAAGAAAAGAAGAGUAGGCAAGCAGAGUUCAACAAGGGACAUGCUAUGCUGAACAAACUUGAAAAUGCUUGUCUGUUGGAAAGAGUGAUACGCUGGGAUACUAUUUAUGUCAAAAUGCAUGAUUUGAUUAGGGAUAUGGCGAUUUAUAUAACAAGUGAGAAACAUUUGGUAGAAUCUGGAAGGCAGCUGAAGGAGUUACCAGACACAAAGAAGUGGAUGAAGGAUCUUGAGAGAAUUUCCUUGAUGAGGAACCAUAUUGUUGAAAUUCCUUGCGACACAUCACCAAAGUGUCAGAGACUCUUGACCUUGUUCCUGUCAGAGAAUAGAGAUCUAGCAAGGAUUGCAGAUUCUUUCUUUUUGUGCAUGCAUUCGCUCAAGGUAUUAGAUUUAUCUCAUACCAAGAUAAAGAAUCUGCCAAAUUCCAUCUCUGACCUGGAGAAUCUUACUGCAUUGUACCUCCAAUACUGCCCAAAAUUAAGGUAUUUGCCCUCAUUGGCUAAGAUUGGUGCUCUGAGGGAGCUAGACCUGAGCUAUAGUGGAUUAAAGGAUGCACCCCAAGGUAUGGAAAUGUUGACCAGCCUUAGAUAUCUUAAUCUCUUCUAUUCAGACCUGGAGGUGCUACCGGUUGGAAUAUUACCAAAACUGUCCAGUCUACAAUGCCUUAUAUUCUGUGGAAGAUCAAAGCCUUUUAAAGUGUUGAAACCAGUGGAACUGGCAAGUCUGAGGAAGCUGGAAGCUUUUGGAGGCCAAAUGUUUGACCUGCUUGACUACCAUUUGUACGUCAAAUCUCUAGAUGGAACGCCCAGCAAGUACCAUCUUCAAGUAGGAACCCAUAAACGUUUAAAACUACUUGAAAUGCCAGAAAAUUAUUAUAAUCGGAUUGUAAAAAUUGAAGGCAUUAGUGGUGAAGGGGAAGAAGACUUAGUGCUCCCUAAUGAUGUUGAGUUCUUUACUUUGAAGAGGUGCAACUGCUUGGGAAGUUUGAUUGAUGUUUUGUCAUCAAACAAGGAAAUUGUGCGCAGAACCUGCAAUACCGAACCUGAUGGAGACGAAUGUGUGCUCUUAUCUUCCUCCUCUCGCUCCUGCAGCCUUAUACAGCAGGAUAAAAUUGAGGAUUCACAGUUUGUAGUUCCAUCAUCAUCCAUUCCAUCCCCUGGUACAUUUUCCUUUUUGAUAUUACUUAAGAUUCAAAGUUGUUCCAAUCUGAGGAACUUGUUCAAGCCUGGAUUGCAGCCAAGAUUUCCAAAUGUGAAAGAGAUUGCGAUUUUCGAUUGUUGUCAAAUGGAGGAAAUUGUAGCAGCACCAACAGAAGAGUACAGUGAAGGGAUAAGUGAAGAAGGCGGCAGCAAUCGGAAGGACAUGACCUGCUUAUUCUAUCUCCCAAAGUUAAAGGCUUUAACAUUGUCCAAGCUACCAGAACUGAAAAGUAUCUGUAGGGGUUUGAUGACUUGUGAUUCUCUCGUUUAUAUUACAGUAUCCUGCUGUCCAAAGCUAAAAAGACUUCCCCUCGCUCUUCCCCUUCUUCAUGGAAAACCAUCUCCUCCUCCUAAUCUCAAAGUGAUCAAUGUGCAAGACAAAACAUGGUGGAGAUCACUGGAGUGGAACCAUCAGGAAGAGAAAAAGGCCCUUCAACCCUUCUGCCAGUAUUUGGAGCUUUAGUGGAGUAUGGAAAAAGUCCAAUCUCUUGUUUGCCAGUUUCUCUUUAAUAACUAGAUGCAAAUUUUUCAUAAUUAGAUACAAGGAGCUGUUCGUGUGGGUUGGUUCUAUAUCUUUUUAAUCUUUUAUCUUAGUUUUUGCAUUUUCUUCUUCUUCUUUUUUUCUGCAUGACAUGACAUCCAAGAAAUGGAAUGUCCUUGUGGAGAAGAACGCGAUUGUCUUGCAUCGUUAUUUGGUUUUUAUGUAUCAUUAUCUGCUAUUCAGUAGUUUGAUUCGGAGCCAG